UUAUCCUAAAUCAUGGGCACUGGAGCAAGUUCUUCUGUUCCUGAAGGUGUCACUGCCAACCCUCGUCUAGUUCACACCGAGAGCUUGUCUAAACGCGACCACAAGCAAUACAAAUUGGAUACCCCAGUUCUGAUAGAUGUAGAACAUGGAUCUGUAAGAUACAGGUAUGGCCGAUAUGAAGGAGAACCUGCUGAUAAAACAAGAAGAGUGGAGCGCCCAUUCAAGGGAGAAGAUAAAGUAGGCAAACAGAAUUAUUUUUAUCACGCAAGACUCAACGACUUUAGUGAAAAAUCUAAUGCCACAUUAGAGGAUCAGCAUAAGUUCCGUAUGGUCACCCAAGGCCCUGCUCGAGCAAAGGACAAAAAAGUGUUUUAUGUGUACAGUAUUGGGUGGAAUAAGAACACAGAUGGCAAAAGAGUUAUGCCAAGCAUGUCUAAGGAAGAGGGCAAAGACUAUGCCUGGCCACAAAUCAGAAAACCAAAUGAGGUGUAUUAUGAUUUGUCCUUUAAUAAGGAAGCAAGGGAAGGUGCUGAGGACACAUUAGAGGAGGACAGACUUCAGCAAAAUUUGUCCUCUACAGCAAACAGACAACAUAUCCAAUUACUCCUCUCAGAUGAAGAUUCCGUAAAGGAAGUAAGGAAAUACGUGGCUGCUAAAAUCCUUAAAUCUGCUUGUGACAUCCAUGUUUGUUAUGAAAAGCAAGAGCUCAGAGAGGAAGAUGUGGUGGGGGACUUGAGAAAGGAAGAAGAAGGGAGUUCUAAAACAUUCUGUGUAGACCUACUGCUUAUUUAAAAUUCUUAUGGCUGACUUUGACAGAUACUGACAGAAAAAAGCAGAUAAAAAAUGUAAAAUCCUACUGUGAUGGAAGUUCUCAAAUUUCAUAAUGCAAUUUACGUUAGACAAUCUGGGUUUUUGCUAUCAUGCACAUUAAAUUCCAAGAAAAAAUUUUUAAAGAAAUUUUGAA